UAUGUCAUUCCCAGAAUAUUUCCAAAUUUCAAUGAAGAUAAGUGGAUGUGAAACCUGUGAUUCUCCUUACAUUGAAGGAGGACCUGAUAUGAUCAUUGAACUUAAUUAUUCCCUUUAUAUAGUAAAAUGCGAUUAGAUAUGGGAAUUGCAUGGAAUAUGUGGAACCUACUUAGAAGUUCACAAGUAAGUGAUAUUAAUGCUAUUCAUAAGACCAUUAAAUAAAGAUAUUAUAUACGAAUAAUAGAUCAAGGGUAAAGGAACUCUAAAAACAUAAAUGUUAACUAAAUCAUUAUAAAGUGGACGCUAUGAAAUUUGGGUUGUUGUUCGUAGUAAAAUUGGAUCUGUCAUUUAAUAUGUGAAAUCAUUUUAUAUAACUAUUGUCAAUUAGUGA